CUCGAUCUAACUCGACUUCCCACUCAGAUCAGACACCAAGGCGGGGUAAAGUUUAGAUAGCUCCUCCUUUGCGGCAUGGUAGCUGGAGCGACACUCCAACCACGCCCUGUCUGACUUCAGAUUUAAAUUGGUCCGCCAUUGGAUGCGAGCGAGACAAUCACGGCAGAAGAAACUGGUCCGAUUGGCAACAGCCACCGCUAUUCGAGUGCGUGCGCACCUGGCGACAUGCAAGAGUUCAUGUCGGUGUGGUUGGAUGCCCCCUGUUGCAAUUACCAGCAACGAAUGUAGGGGGAAAAAGGCGCAUCGUCAUCGCACUAGCAGUGGAGAAUGGUGGAAGCUCAUUACACGUCCUGCAGCUGGGAGGCUGGUGAACUUCCAUUGUCUUGUCUUCCGUUCAAGGGACAUUGCAUUCUGUAAAAAAAAAUUCAACUUCGGUGUCAGCGGUCAGCGACUUGAGCCGUUAGCGUUCCGGGUCCUCACCGAGCAAAACGAGUGGAAAGAAUGGAUAAACAACGUGGAAGUUAUAUCUUCGACGUUUUAAAUUGGAUAAUUGCGGAGAAGAAUUAAAGAUGAACAGCUAUAGGUGGCAGAUCGAUGUCUGAGUCCUUUCAUGAAGCUGAUGUAAUGUCUUCAAAUUUGCGCAAAGCCGCUGGAUCAGGCAUGUUUAAGUGUUGUCCGACGCGUAAAGUGGGCAAAGCCAAGCCAUGGAUGCCACGACCCGACACCAAAGCUUGAAAAGGCCGGGAACUGUGGAACCAUACUAGAAGGAAUAUGCUGUAAUUUUGAUGUAAAUAGGGAUUUGUCCUCGCAAACACCGAUAAUCGAUACGCCAAAUCGUAAUUCAUAAUCACCAGCAACGUCGGUUGGUAUUCAUUCUCUGU